AUGACAAGGACAGGAAAACUGCUCGCCUUGCUCCUCCUAAUUUUGUUACAAAAUUCAUUUGGAAAAAUCUCUGAGAUUUACUUUACAAAAACUAGAACAAGGCUAGAUCUUAUUGAACCUUCCUUGGGAAUUUGGUCCGGUCCUAGAUUAGGAAGAGCCCAAUGCAGUUUUACCUGCCUUCAGAAACCACAAUGUGUAUCAUUACUGUUCAACGAAACGACAAAGUUGUGCGACCUGUUUAACGUAAUAUACGAUGGUGACGAAAAUGGAAACGUGGAGAACUACUAUAUCAUAAGUGGCAAAAGUACACGUUUCGUGCCAGCAUCGUGCUCGGACAUCCGUUCAUGCUCCAACAUAGCAACAGAUGGAGAAUACUGGAUUUAUCCAAUGGCGGCCAAUGGGAAGCGAACCAAGAUCUUUUGUCACGACCUGGCAAAUGAACCUUCACAUUUCAUCACUUUAUCUAAUAUAAAUAACUUUAUUCAACAUGAUGCAUCAAACUGGAUACCAUUAGAUCGAUUUCAACAAUGCCAAGCUAAUUUCAAAAUGCCAUUAAAAAGCGUGGAGUUCAGAAAAAUUAGAAUAGGAAUAGAGGACAUGGAGGUGAACGGUACAGAUUAUACGUUUACGAAUAUAUCAGGAUCUCCAACAAUUAGUUAUGGAGAAGCCACAGAUUGUAAUGGACAAAAAAUUUGGAACCCCUGUCCUCACUUUGGAAAUGCAACCAUUGACACAAGAGGAACUGGACUUAUCAUUCAUCCUACGAUUGCAUUUGGCGUAAUUUCUGGAUGGGAUACAGAAAUACGAGACUUUAUCCGAUCAGCUGACGGUUCUCAGAUAUUCUUCACAUGUGCUGGCUGGUGUGGUUGGUGUGGACCAAUAUCUGGACCAAUAGGACUGCAGCAUUCGACGGAAUUUAUUUCAGCGAUUGAUGCCGAACCUGUCAUUUGUUACAAGUAACGUACAGCAUUCAGCGAAGCUAUGGUAAUAGUUGACCGAAUAUAAAACAAUUUUUUAGAUAACUGUUAUACAUUGUAUUUAUCAUAGUUUUGAUUUUUGAAGUUUAUUAUUUGCAUUUUUCCAUUUUCAUCUGCAUGCUGACUGCAGAAGUAUAAAUCAUUCUCUUGGGCGCUUCUUUUCGAACGAAAUUUUAUCAAGCCGUUCAUGUAUAUGAUUUGGUUAGUCUUACAAUACUUUUUGUUAAUGUUUUGAAUAUUUUCAAAGAUUUCCCAACAAGUUGUAUUUUAAUCUAGACUUAGAUUGUCAGAUCUAUUUGUUAAAGUAUUGUGAGUAAUAUUUAUCUAUGUUUGUUUUAAUUUACCAUUAUAUGUGUGAAAUUUAGCAAUUUGGAAUUAAAAAAAAUAUCAAAACAAAGGUUGAAAAAAUACGAGAAUUGUGGUUAGAGAUGGAAAUACAAAAAAAAAACAUGUAAAGAAAUUAAAUUAACAUGUACAAAGUGUUGAUUCUUCACAUUAAUUUUUGCAGGCAUGCCAUAAGGUAUAUAUGUCUGUGUUUGAUAAAUACUGGCCUAAACAUAAGUAUUAAAGACGCCAGUUAGCAUUCAACCUAGCGGAAGAAUGUUUUUGCUGACAAG